AUGGAGCAAAGAAAGCCAAGUGACAGCACUACAAUUGGGAAAGUAGCAGCUCAUGUCCCCGAUCUCAUCGUAUAUGGCGAUUUCUCCCAGGAGCUGCCUUUCAUUGAGAGUUUUGAUGGAGUAUUGCUUUUUGCAGACAUUUCAGGUUUUACUGCACUGACGGAGAAGUUUAGCACGGACACCAGUCUGGACUGUGGUGCUGAGCAGCUAACACAGACCCUCAAUCAUUAUGUAGGGGAUAUUGUGGAAAAGGUGCUGAUUUAUGGAGGCGAUAUCUUGAAAUUUGCAGGGGAUGCACUGCUAGCACUGUGGAGAGUGCAACGAAGCCAGAUGAGCGAUAUCAUUACAUUGGCGCUGAAAUGUAGCCUGAGGAUCCAGAAAGAGUAUGGGGUUCGUGAAACUGAAGUGGGUCUGAAGCUCCAGGUGAAGAUAGGGCUAUCUGCAGGUCACAUCUCCAAAGUUGUUGUUGGAGACAAUAAGCACCAAUAUUUUCUGGUACUUGGCCGAGCAGUGGAUGAAGUUCGGUUGGCCCAAAACCUAGCAAAAGCAAGCGAGGUUAUUCUAUCGCCGAACUGCUGGGAACUCUGUAACAGGAACAUGAUAGAAAUAGAAACAAUUAAAGAUCAAAGAUCUGUUAAGGCUAGAUACAUAAAGAACAUCUCUGAGAUUGAGUUCGACGAGUUCUUCUGGAAAUGUACCGAAUACCUACAGCACUACCCCACGGGUGAAAAUAACAGUAUCCUCCGAGCAACCUCCACAUUGUCUCCUAAUGAUGAGUUGGAGAAGUCUCUCCGGAAGUAUGUGAUGAGAAACAUUCUGAAGAAGAUCGACGACAACCAGCCUCUAGAAUAUUUAUCUGAGCUUCGGCCGGUCACAAUUGUCUUUGUGAACCUGCAGUUUGACAAAAGCGUCAGUACCUUGGAUCUGUGCAAGGUCAUCCAUGAUGUCAGUGUGAAGAUCUCAAACAUCAUCCACGUCUUCAGCGGCAAAAUCAACAAAGUCUUUAUGUUUGACAAAGGCUGCACAUUCCUGUGUGUGUUCGGGCUCCCUGGGGAUAAGCAGGCUGAUGAGAGCGCCCACGCCUUGGACAGCGCAUUUAAAAUCUUCAAUUUCUGUUCUAAAAUGUCCAUGAAAAUAAAGAUAGUUUCCAUCGGGGUUACCAGCGGGUCAGUGUUCUGCGGAAUAGUUGGCCAUCAUGCAAGGCACGAAUACACAGUCAUUGGCCAGAAGGUGAAUCUCGCUGCCCGGAUGAUGAUGUAUUAUCCGGGGUUAGUGUCCUGUGAUGCAGUGACCUAUGCCAACUCCAGGCUGCCUCAUUGCUUCUUUGAAGAGCUCCCCCAGGCUGAGAUGAAAGGAGUUGUGAAUCCCGGCGUGGUCUAUCAUUAUCUUGGCAUCAGUGAGAAACCAAUGAUUGGCCAAGCGCAGCUCACCAAGGAGAGGUCUGAGUAUUACCACUUACUGGGUCGGGAAAAAGAGCUUGAAAUCUAUAACUCUUCGUUGAAAGGAUUUGUGGGGUCUACAGUAGGCCGCGUCAUAAUAUAUGAAGGCCUUAUGGGCUAUGGAAAGAGCAAGUUACUUGCUGAAAUUGCCUACUUAGGCCAGGAGGCUGGCCACAAGGUUAUUGCUAUGGAGCUGACGAAGAUAAAUGUGCAGCAGAAUUUUUUUGUCAUCCAGACACUCAUGGCCAUGUUUCUGGGGAUUGAGGCCUGUAAAUCUGAUGCUGAAAGACAGAAAAUCCUCCAAGACAAACUCCGAAGUGUGGUAGAAGAGUCCUACUAUUGCCUCCUGAAUAACAUCUUUCUUGUCAAGAGAAGCCAUGGAAUCCCAUUUUACUGUGAGGAGUUGCUGCGGAACCUCCAUUUAAAGAACAUGCUCAUCUUCCAUCUUUGGGAGGAGGAGGAGGAAGUAGAUGAUGAGUGGGAAGGCCUUUUCAGUAAGCUACUUGUCAUUAACUCAUCAUCACUUGCCAAUGCCAUCCCCUCCAAAACGGAAUCGCCUUCCAGCUCAGACAACGAAUUGUACAUUUGCACCAUUCGCCAGAAUGUCAAGUUGCAAAAUAUUAUGCUGCCCCCUACCUUAAAAGGCAUCGCACUGGCUGAGUUAGACAACAUGAACUCUUCGGAGCAGAUGGUAGUGAAAUGUGCGGCUAUCAUCGGGCUGACUUUCACGACUGAGUUGCUGCUCCACAUCCUUCCCGAAUGGACCAAGAGGAAGAUGAAUCAGACGCUUGCAGCCCUGGUGGAUUCCCACAUCUUCAAGUGUUUUCAUAAAAGAAAGGACUCCCAGAAAGCACAGUCACAGGAAAUGCCCUCCACAGAGUUACUUGUUUGCCCCGGGACGGUGAGACCAAUUGGACAAGUGUCAGAUAUCCGCUCUUCCGUUUAUAACCAAAUCAAGCAAGAGCAGCUGGUGAUACAAUGCGGCGUCAUGGCGUUUUGCAUGCCAAUGCUGCAGGAAGCGGCCUACGAGUGCUGGCUGAAGAGCCAGAAGAAAGCCUUACAUCUGAAGUGUGCGAGCUAUCUAGAAGGGCAGGCUCACAAAUGCAGACGCUGCGGAGAAGGGGACUUCAUUUCAUUUCACCGCCACGCCGUGGAAAUGAUGCUGGAGAGCAUCGAGUCUCAGGAAAACAUUUCUGAGCAGCACCAGGAAUACCCAUUCAGCGAAGCAGCCUCACUGAUCAUUUGCACAACCCUGAAAAGGCUUGAGGGUCCUUCAUUUGAAGGGAUGGAGAGAAAAGCUGUGACAGCCGAGGCUUCCCUAAGCAGCACGUGCUCCCCUGAAAGUGUCCAGAUGACAAGUGAAGACAUCACUACCUCUACUUUCUCCAAGAAGUUAGAGUUAUUACUUCCACAAGACAUUGAGAAAGAGACUGAAAAGGCACUAAAGAAACACAAGAUGUUGCCAGAGGCACUAAAGAAACACAAGAUGUUGCCAGAGGAAAAUCUUAAAGCUGAAAAGAUAGAGAAGGAGUUUCUGGAAAGGCUGGACGAGAUCAUUCAUCAGUCUGACAGGGAUUGGGAGAAGAUCAAGCGCUUGGGAUCCUGCGAAUGUGAAGACAUCGUGGAGUCUGUCUUUGUGCCCCUGGCCCGGCACUGCAUGGCGAUGGGAGAAUACACCAGAGGCUUGUAUUACUUGUUGGAGUGUGCAGCGGCUUACUUACAUCUGUCAAACAACUACAUGGCCUUUUGCAAUUUGAAUACAGCAGAGAAUCUGAUCAAAUCGGUGGACUUCAGAGCGACUGUAAUUAACCAGUUUGAGGAAGCUACCUUCUACAGACUGAAGGGUGAGCCAGCCAAAGUGGGGGAGCAGAUGUCUCCCAUCCUUCCCAAUGCCCACAGGGAGAAGAAAUUAGCUUUCCUGUACCAGCAGGGCCACUGCCUUUCCUUAUUGUGGCAACUUUUCAGCCUGGACACUGCUACAAACAGCAAGAAGUUCUGUCACCUGGCAGCACUCAUGAAGGUGAACUCAGCAGAGGAAUCAGAGGAUGAGAGCCAGAUCAUUUCAUCCUAUUCGGAAUUCUCACUCUGCUGCCAGAUGAUGGGUAACGAAGAUAAAUGGAUGAAAUAUGAGCUGAUGGCCAUCCAGCGUAGCUCUCACCUCCGGGUUAUCGGAGGAGGGCUAUUAACAACAGUUAAAUUAGCACAGUCAUUGGCCUCUAUGAAGCUCUGCUUGGGUAACCUGCCCUUAUCUAUUCAAUUAGGCUAUCGAGCCCAUGAAAUGUGUGUGCGUCUGAAGAAACCGAAGCUGGACUAUCUGGUUCUCUGCAUGCUCUUCAAAGCUCUCUUUCUGAGCACCAGGUACCAAGAUUGUGUGCAAGUACUGAGCUGGCUGGAGCAGUUGGCUGUUGUGGAGGAGACAAUCAUUGGGAUGGCUUGUUUCUUUUCUUACUGUUUAGAACUCUUGCUUUAUGCUGGAUUUUCAUUUAAGUCAUUUAAAGAGUGCCUGGAAUUCAUACAACGCAAUGAAAAAAACUGCAUCCUUAUAUCUCAGAAUAGCAUCAUGUUGGGGCUGUAUUCAUCCGUGGCCAUUUGGUUUGCCAGACUUCAGCAGUGGGGCAACUUCAAGGAGCCUUUUGAAAAGGCCAGAAGGUUGCUGAGGAGAACUAGCGCCUCAUUCUUUGCUACCAAUGGAUUCUGUAGAUUCUUGGAGUGUGAGAUCCUUAUGCUACGGAAACACCUUGAGGAAAGGCCUGAAUUGGUCCGGGAGACACGUACUAAGACGCUAAAGGACUUGGACCAGGUUCUCUCUCGAUGCUCCACAAGCCCUAUCUGUUACCCUCGGGUUUACCACCUGAAAGCCUAUAUCCUCCUGGUGUUGGGCAAUGAAGAACAGAGCCAAAUCUACCUAUCCCAAGCAUUCCAACUCUGUGACACAUAUGGAAACCUCCUGGAGAAAUCCUGGCUGGAGAUCAGCAACGAGUGGUGGUUCACUGCAAAAGGGCCCAUGGAAGACUUAUGGCUGAAGGCCGCACCGGAUUUUCGCAAGUGGGAAAUAGGAAUGACAGAGAGAGACUUUCCAGAGAUCCAUAAAACCAAGUACUUGCUGCGGGUGCCAGCAUUGGAUAUUAACAAUCCUUUCCCAGAACCUGAGAUCCCCGAUGUCUGA